AUGCCCGCCUUCUACUCGCCGCAGCUGACACCCUCGACCCCUUCCGCCCCGUCCAUUUCCUACGCCUACCCAUCGCAGUUCACUCAGUCCUCCUCGAGUUCGGGACAGCAACAACAACAACACCUCCCGCCCCAGUUCAGCCUGAAUCAGUCGCACCCGCCAUUCGGCGGACAUCCGGGUCAUCUGCGCAUGGCCCAGUCGGGCGCGUCGACGCCGGUACCCACCAGUCCGGUUGCGGGGUCGCAUGCGCUGCCGAGGAGUAGCAGUAUGAUGGAUUUUGGAAGCUAUGGCGUGGGGAAUGGGUCAGGGGGAGGAAAUGGAGGUGCGAAGUGGGGAGCGAGGAAGUUGGGCGCGGGGCUGGGGAUGACGAUGGGUGGGGGAGAUAAGGGUGUCAGCACGGCGGAUUUGCUAGCUGCUACUGGAUCUGCUUCACCACCCUCGACCUCCGCCCAUCCCUCCUCUUUUGACCCUUCGCCAGGGCAACUCGGUAUCGGCUCUUCGUCAGGCUCGUCAGGGUCAUACGGCGACCCAAUGAACGAUCAACCAGCAGGCACCGGCAUGUCCAUCUCACCCCCAUCUUGGGGCGCAUAUGGCCAGCUAGGAUCUCCGCCGGGUGGAUCGGGGUCGUACGGUAACGCAUAUAUGGGCUCAUGGGGCGGCGCAGUGGGAGGUGGGAUGGGCAGCUUUGUGGGUAGCCUGGGACAGAUGGGACAGAGCUUUGGUAGAGAGAGGGAUAGAGAGCUGGAGGCGAGAUACGUCAGGGAUUUCAGUUGUUGUGGGAGACAACUGAAUGGAUUGCACGAGCUGCUAGAGCACUACGAAGAGGAACAUGCCAAUCUCUCGCCCGACGCCCGCUUUGCCGCUCUCUCCGCAGCACAUGUACCUCCCGGCCAUCCUCGCCCUUCCUUCACCAUGCCCAACCCCGCCGUCUCCUCCGUCCAGCCUCCAUUAUCGCGACACCUCCUCGGAUCCGGCGCUGGGAGCUCAGACGACGUCCCCGCUCCGCCCGGCAUGAUGGAUAUCGAAAUGGAGGAUGACGCUAUGGGCAGCGGCCCCCCAAAUCCCAGCUCGAAUGGGUCGAGGGGGAUGCAGAACGGAUACCCCCAGCUCCAGGGCGGCGGCUUCGGGGCGGGCGGAUUUGGGAUGCACAACCAAACACAACCGCAUCAUUCGCCAUGGGCUUCGGCGUUCCGGUCGCCUUAUGCCGGAUCGACAGGGAUCCCGCCUAGUCUCCUUACGAUGCCAACCACGCCGGCGCCGCAGGUCAUGCCGCUGGGUAUACCGCAGGGACAACCGGCGCCGGGCGGUUUGACACACGCUCAGCUGCUCCAGCAGCAGUUGCAGCAGUCUCAGCAGACACAGCUGCAGAUACAGCAGCAGCAGCAACAGCAGCAGCAGCAGCAGCAGCAGCAACAAUUCGCCGUCCGGCCCAUCACACCCGCGGUUUCCAAUCUCCAAACUACCUCUCUCCCUGCAUCGCGCGCAUCCACACCCGGACCCAGCACGUCCAAAGCCCCUCUCAGCCAAGAAGAGCUCGACGCGCGCGCCGCUCGGAAAGCGCAGCGCAAGGCCGAGAGGCAGGCGCAGGCGAAACGCGCGGCAGAGGGGGAAGAUGGGAGCGGGGAUGACGGACACGCGGGCGAGGUGGAGAAGAAGUUCCCGUGUCCUAUUGAAGGGUGCGGGAAGGUGUAUAAACAGGCCAAUGGGCUCAAGUAUCACCUGACGAGGAGUAUCAAUAGUGGGCACGGGAACGUGGCCGAGCUGGGGCUGCAGGGGGCGAUAGAGGCGGAGAAGGCGAGUGGGGGUGGGUAG